AUGUUCGCAAGCAGGACCAGUUCGCGAUCAAUCUGUUUUCCGCUCGGCGCCGCAAAGACCAUCUCUGACAUCAGUUCCAGCCAGCCAAAGGUUAUCGAAAUGCCAUCGAGGACCACGUCCAGUCUACUCGAAUCACGAUGGGCCCCUCGUCCAGAAGAAACGAAACGGUCAUCGUCUACGCCCCGAGGGCAGAAUCAUACCCGAGGGCCGAACCACCCACCUCCCUCGCAGGAACUGGCCCGCUUCAUGAAAAUUGUCGGGCGAUUAAAGUGGAAAUUACCCUUUCUGGCGGAGGGUUACCGCCUGGCUACGCUACCCGCUGACAGUGGUGUUGAUGUCGCGCAUGCCGAGAUCAUGUUUAAGAUUGAUUUCUUCGAGUACUAUGCGCUUCUGGAGCGGGCAAUCGUGCAUUUACUCGGCGUUUUCGGCGUGACGGUCACUGGUGCUAUUACUAGAUCGCAAUCGACUCCGAGGCUUGGGCGAAAUAGGUCCAUUGCGGCUAUGCAUCGGUAUCAUGCCAAUGUCCUGGACACACUAGAGAGGGAGAGCUGUCCAUUGCAUUCUGUUCUCGGCACUGGAAACGUACGCGAGCAGUUGAGGAAAGCGAAGGAACUUCGCAAUCGGUGGAAGACAGCCGACAUGUCGAAAGAAGAGGCGGAGAAAGAUUCGUUCCAUCGACCGGAGGAGAGUGCAAUGCCGCUCGAAAGCUAUGAUUUCGACCAUAUCCUAUCAGAAAUCUUUGUCGGUUUGGAAGACGGACUUGCACUGGCUCGGGAGCAGGUCGCUAGGGUCGAGAACGGUACUGGUAACGCCUUGUCGGGCGAUUCGGAAGCAGAUUGGGAUUUUAUUGUCGAUGCUAUGGAUUGGGAGGCUGUGUGA